GAGAGAGAGAGAGACUCGCUUGCGCACAACUAAGCAGAAAGCACCGGUUCGCGACGGCGGUUUGGUUUCUGCCUCCCGAACAGAAAUCGGACCUUUUUUUCACUCCGUUUUAUUACUAUUUUUUUUUUCUUUUUAACCAUUUUGAGUGUCUAAUUUUCAGAUUUAAGACGUCAUAGAAUCGGAAGGGAUUUUAAACUCGGUGAUGCUCGAGGAUUGAAACAUAAUCAUCAUCAUCUUCAUCUUUAAAAUCAUCCUCAGCCUCCUCAUCAGCAGCAUCAGCAUCAGCAGCAGCUCAGCGCGUUCGGAUUAAAGCGGCGGCUUCGUCUUGCUCGGGUAGAUCAGGCGAAGAGGAAGAAUGAAGACAAGUGAGACAACCUCCCUUUUCUGGGAGCCAUGGAUGAACAUUGGCCCUGGAAAGUCCUGCCCUGCUAUCUAGGUGAUAAAUGUCUGCUUCACCAAGUCAAUUUCUCUGUUCUACUUGAUCCUUCACAUGCUGUCUCUGGGUUUAAUAUACACAGACGUUCAAAGACUGUUGGGUCAUUUCAGAGGAUCUACAUUCUGAAGCGAUAUUCUAUAUUUUCUGUAUUCUGUCUGAUAACUUGAUGAACCCAAAGAACAUCUUUCUUACACACACUGUCGGGCUUCUUAUCGCUCUACCCACACCAACCUGAAAAGAACCACACAGUAUCGGGUAUAUGCAUGCUAAGGAUUUUCCUCACUCAGCGCAUGCACUCUGGCCAUGGAAAAAAUCAUGGCAUUUUGUCGAUAAAUGCUGAGGUGUGGUUAGCCGGCAGUCUCAGAAGUCAAGCAGAAUCAAUGAACACUCUGUGAGUAAUGAGCGGAUAGCUCUUACAUUUAGUGGGCCAGAGAGGAACCACCUGCCAAAACCCAAGCUGUGAGCUUGGCUUUUCUUUCCUCUCUCAGACUCGCAUUUCCAUUGCAAAGUAGUUCAGCUCAAGCCUUCGCUUCAAUUGUAUACUGCUUCUUACUGAAAUUAUUACAUCUCUUCAAAAAACAAAGAAACUUGGGAUGGGGUGGGGGGAAUCCUGAAUACACUCCAUAAUCUCGACAACUGAGUUUUUACACACCAGAAUUAUACUACAGCAAGAAAUCCAAGACUCGCAAAGCCACUCUUAAGGAUUAAGGUGUGAAGACACGAAGCCUUUCGAUUUACAAUAACAUAAUUACUCCUGGCAGAAAGCAGCUUCUGCAUAAAAGGAAAGAGAGCUCUUUUCAUAAAGUAACUAGGUAUCAAGUAAUUGAAAAGAGACUCAUUUUGGCCCAUAGCUUGAGUUAAAAAAAGGGACAAAAUAGCAGUGAGUCAGCGGUAGUGGUGGUGGCCCUCGCCAUGGUGCUACCACCACCGGACAAACGGCACGUCUGUCUCACCACCAUCGUCAUCAUGACCAGCAUGGCCUUCAUGGAUGCCUACCUGGUGGAGCAAAACCAGGGCCCUCGCAAGAUCGGCGUCUGUAUCAUUGUCCUGGUCGGAGAUGUGUGUUUCCUCAUAGUCCUCCGCUAUGUCGCCGUGUGGGUGGGAGCUGAGGUACGGACGGCACGCCGUGGCUAUGCCAUGAUCCUCUGGUUUCUCUACAUCUUUGUUUUGGAGAUCAAGCUCUACUUUGUCUUUCAAAACUGCAAGGCUGACCGCAAAAGUCUGGAGACUGUAGCAAGGAAGGCUCUGACUUUACUCCUUUCUGUUUGUGUACCAGGCCUUUAUUUAGUCCUGGUGGCUCUCGACAGUAUGGAAUAUGUUCGGACUUUUAGGAAAAAAGAGGAUAUGAGAGGACGACUCUUCUGGGUGGCUUUGGACCUUCUGGAUUUGCUUGAUAUCCAGGCAAACCUUUGGGAGCCCCAGCGAACAGGUCUGCCUAUUUGGGCAGAAGGGCUGAUGUUCUUCUACUGCUACAUCCUUCUUUUGAUCCUACCAUGUGUGUCAUUAAGCGAGAUCAGUGUGCAAGGAGAAAAUGUGUCACCACAGAAGAUGAUGCUGUAUCCCAUGCUCAGCUUGGUUACAAUCAACGUGGUCACCAUCCUCAUACGCGGUGUUAACAUGGUGCUCUUUCAGGACAGCCGGGUCUCCACUAUCUUUGUUGGCAAAAACGUGGUGGCAAUAGCCACCAAGGUGUGCACCUUCCUGGAGUAUCGGAAACAGUCUCGAGAAUUCCCAGCCCGUGAAAAUGCAACUGGUAUUCCCAUGGAGAUCCAGCAGAACUCAGUGGGACAUGGACAGGCUCUUCCGAAUGCAACAAGCCUCCCACAUGAACCAACGCCAGUGCAGGAGAUUAUCGACACAUGACCAUGUAGCCAUUUAGAAUUAACACAUCAAGGCUCCAACCUGGCACAGUUCUACCAUUUGAUGAAUGCAUGAGAGGGGGGGACAUAUGGUAUUAUUGUAUCAUUUCUAAAUAUUUGGACUGCUUUUCAACUGGGACAUAUGGACAAAAUUGGAAAAAAAAUAAAACAUACAUAAACAAGGUGCAGCAAAACAGAUUUUUACUGACUGAGCUGGUAUACUUUGCCAGAGUUUCUCUCUGCAAUGGCUGAGUGACAUCAACUCCACAAAUUUUCCUUUGAAGAACAUUUGUGGGCGUGGGAUUUUUUUCUAAUGCUGCAUUUCUUGCUGCCUACCUGACCCACCAGAUAUCAGCAUCUCUCUAAAUUGGCUCCUGCAAUGCAGAAAGACUCUGGAAAGAUAUAGGAUAAAAAAAAGAAGGCAAUUAAUGAUUUACAGGAAGCUCUUUGGAAAUGUCUGUUUUUUUGGGGUUUUUUAGGAUGUUAGUAUGAAUUUUGGACAAGUAGCGAAUAAUUGAGACGGUUCAAUUGCUGCAGCAAAUGGGGCUUGUGGUUGUGCAAAUGUAGAAUGUGUGUGCCAGUGUGAGGGUUGGAUAAUGAUGAUAAAAUGUGUGAAAGAGGGACUUUGGCAACCUCAGCACAGCAAGGCGAGACAAAAAUAUUCUGAUUUGAUAAAACCAUUAUGAUAUAUAAUCUAUGUACAUUCCCUCACAAAAAGCCUUGAAAGUCAGUGAAUGCUCUCACAGAGUUCUUAUUUGAUAAAAGCAUAUAAGUAAACAUUAUUAUUAAUAUUAUUAUUAUUAUGUACUAGUGUGUGCUUCAUUUAUACAUUUUAUGUUGGAGUGUGUUUAAUAAAAAAAAUACUUUUAAUCUCUGUGUUUGAAUGAGUGUGAGACUGAGAAAGAUCUGAAAUUCUCAAGAUAUAACAUUUUAUAUUGAGAAAAAAAGAUUUUGCCUGUCAUUUUGCUCCCAUUGCAGAUGUGGCUAGUAUGGGCUAUAUAAAGCAAAUGUCACCAUUGUUUGCAUAAAUUCUUUUUAGCAAAAACAACUGAAAGAAAUCCAAAUGGGCAAACCUGCAAAAAUACUAAAUUAUCUAUACCCCUGUGUGCGAGCUUACCUCACUUAGCCUCCCGCAACAAGGAAGCCAUUUCCAAAUCACCAGGUCUUUAGAUCAGGAAAUGAAUUGUGACUCUUCUACAGGGUGGUAAAAGCUCCAUUCUUGCCCUUGA